AUGAAAAAAGGGAGUAUACUGGAGGAACGCGUUUCUUUAUUACAGAUAAGGUCGUCUUAUAGUUCAUUGUAUUGUAGAAUGUCUGAAGUAGAAAGUAAAGUAGCAGAUGUCGGUGCUGAGGAAGUACCUGUAGAAUCUGAAGUAAAGGCAGUUGCUGAUGAUGCGUCUAGCACCACCAAGAGAUCGGUUGAAGAAGAUGCAGGUGAAAAGAAGAAAAAGAAAAAGCAAAGAAGACGCCAAUACGAUGAUGAUGUUCCAAAAGAAACGAAGUCAGAAGACGAAGAAGAAGAUGAUAAGGAUGAUGGGGAUGAAGAUAACUUGGGAUUGGACGAUGAGGCUGAGGAUGAUUUAUUGGAGAUUGACACUUCUAACAUCAUUACUACUGGUAGAAGAACUCGUGGAAAAGUUAUUGAUUUUGCUGCGGCUGCUGAAAAAUUGAAGGCUGAAGAAGGAACUAUCGAAGAAGGGGAUGAAGAAGAAGAAGAUGUGGAAUUUGAAGAGAAAAAGGAAGAAGAAAAGAAAGAUUAG